AUGUGGCACUCUUUGGUUUUGACUUUGUUUGGAAUCUCCACUUUGGUCCAGGUUUCUGUUCAGGGCCCUUACCAGAGGACUCUGUUAAAAAACUUGCUAAAAGACUACAAUCGUAUGGAGCGCCCCGUAGCCAACGACUCACAGCCUCUCACAGUUGUCCUGAGUCUCAGCCUGGCACAGAUCAUGGAUGUGGAUGAGAAAAAUCAGAUUCUCACCACCAAUAUUUGGCUUAACAUGCGUUGGUAUGAUUAUUAUCUGCAGUGGAACCAAUCAGAAUAUCCAGGAGUGAAGAAUCUUCGAUUCACCACUGAUCAAAUUUGGACCCCAGACAUCCUGCUUUACAACAGUGCUGAUGAUGACUUUGACUCCACCUUUAAGGCCAAUGUGCUGGUGAAUUCCAGUGGUUUCUGCAGCUAUCUGCCUCCAGGUAUCUUCAUGAGCACCUGUAAUGUGGACGUUCGCUGGUUUCCUUUUGAUAUCCAGAAGUGUGAGUUAAAAUUUGGCUCAUGGACUUUUGAUGGCUGGCUACUGGACCUCCAGAUGAGCGAGGCUGAUAUUUCUGGCUACAUGCCCAAUGGAGAGUGGGAUCUAGUGGGUGUGCCUGGCACAAGAAAUGAGGUUUUCUAUGACUGCUGUAAGGAGCCAUACCCAGACGUGACGUUUGUGGUAACCAUCCGCAGACGAACACUCUACUACGCCCUGAACCUCCUCAUUCCCUGCAUACUGCUCUCCUCCAUGACCCUACUGAUCUUUGUGCUGCCUGCCGACUCUGGAGAGAAGAUCUCACUGGGUAUUACAGUUCUGCUAUCACUAACAGUCUUCAUGUUACUGGUGGCAGAAAUUAUGCCUGCCACUUCUGACUCCAUUCCACUCAUAGGGCAGUACUUUGCUAGUAUAAUGAUCAUCGUUGGGAUGUCAGUCAUAGCAACUGUGGUUGUUCUACAAUAUCAUCAUCAUGAUCCAAAUGGGGGAAACAUGCCAAAAUGGGUCCAGCUGGUUCUGCUCCAGUGGGUGGCCUGGUUUUUGCGCAUGAAGCGCCCCGGUGAGUGUGAAGACCCUGAGCGUCCUCCGUGUGCUCCACAUCUACGCCGUUGCUCUUCAGAGUCCCACACUGGCAGUCUUCCCAACACAAUUGACCACCAACACCACCAUGUGCCUACCACACUCCACCCACUCCACCCCCAGAGCCUCUUGCAAGCAGCAGGCCAUGCUAACCACCUGCUCUCACAGGGUAACAGUGCUAACAACAAUGGGAACUUGCUGUACACUGGCUUCCCAAGCUUGGACGAGGCCUCGCCACCUCCAUUGUUGAUCGACUCGGCCCCAAGGAACAGCAUAUCAGGUGGUGUCAUUCGACCAGGGUCUUCCAGCCCACCACUCCACUUGCCCUCACAUUUCAGCAGUCCACCCCCUCCACCAACGCCAAACCUGGAUGCCCCUGGAUGCCCCAGUACGGUCUCAGGUGGUGUUGGUGGUUGUUCAUGUUCAGCAGCCAGUGGCAGUGGAGGAGAUCCACAGCUGCAGGCUAUCCUGGAUGAGGUGCGUUACAUUGCUGAGCGUUUUAGAGCCCAGGAUGAAAGUGACAGUGUAACAGAGCAGUGGAAGUUUGCAGGAGCUGUCAUCGACCGUCUCUGCCUUGUGGCCUUCAGUGUUUUUAACAUCAUCUGCACCAUCUCCAUCCUCAUGUCAGCACCCAACUUUGUCGAAGCUGUUUCCAAGGACUUCAUUUGA